ACUCGGCUCGGCUUUUCAUAAGCUUUUGACGAAAAAUUCCUUUCUUCCUCCGUUCUCUGUCUCCUCUCUGUCCCCUCUGCCUCUCUCCUCUCAUCAUCAAUGGCGCCUUCUCCACUGCUAAUGGCCUUCGUACUCGCCGCUGCCCUUCUCCGGGUGGCGGCCGCCUUGCCGUGUCGGAGCUCGUGCGGCGAGGUGCAGAUAGACUACCCCUUCGGCAUCGACGACGGGUGCGGCACGCCGCAGCUCCGGGGGUGGCUGAGCUGCAACGGGACAUCCGGGCUUUUCCUGCAGACCCCCUCGGGGGCCUACAAGGUGGAGUCGAUCGACUACCAGAAGCAGCGCGUGAUGGUUUACGACCCGUCCAUGUCGACGUGCUCCAUCCUCCAGCCCCAUCACGACUUCGUCAUGUCGGAUGUCCAGUAUGCCGUCAUGCCGCCUGCCGAUGACACCGUCUUCGCCCUCCUCAACUGCUCCAUCGACUCCCCGGUCCUCAACCAUUACAGGUACCUCUGCUUCAACGAUGUAGCGGGUCACUCCUGCAAUGAGCUGUACGGAGCGUGCAACGCGUUUAGGUUGUUCCAUAUGUCGAGCAACACCACUGCGCCGGCAUGCUGCUUCACGCGCUACUCGACGGUGCGGUUCAUGAGCAUGAACAUGCUCGAUUGCACGCACUACACCACCGUGGUUGGCGCAGCAGGGGAGGGGCUGAGGAGCAUCGGGCCCACAGAUUGGGUCUACGGGAUCGGGCUCUCUUACGCAGUCCCUCCUGGGUUGGGCUGUGAGCGCUGCAAGAAAUCGGGCGGUGCCUGUGGGUUUGACACUGACUCCGGAGCAGAGAUGUGCUUGUGCUCGAGUACCAUGAAUGCCACCAGAGAAUGCGCUGCAGGAAGUGUUAUGGAUGGAGGAGAAAGGACAGCUCCAGUAAUACUACUUCAUGGAUUUGUUAUGGCUCUUUGCUGCUUACUCUUCAAUUUUAUGAGUUAGUCUGGACUCGGUUCCUUCAACGAUAUCCAUUACUUUUGGUCUA